AUGACCAGUCUCUCUGAAAAGGACAAGGCCUGCAUCAAAUCCUUCUGGGCGAUAUGCCAAUCUCAAUCCGAGAUCAUCGGCAGGGAAGCUCUGGCCAGGAUGAUUGUGGUGUACCCUCAGACCAAGACUUACUUCGCUCACUGGAAUGACAUCUCCCCAAAUUCCCCCAAUGUGAUGAAGCAUGGCAUCACUAUUAUGAAAGCAGUGGGGGAUGCUGUGUCCAAAAUCGAUAACUUGAAGGCUGGACUACUUGAUCUUAGUGAGCUGCACGCAUUCACUCUCCGUGUGGAUCCUGCCAACUUCAAGAUCUUCUCCCACUGCAUAAUGGUGGUUUUGGCCAUUCUCUACCCAAAUGACUUCACCCCUGAGGUCCACAUGUCCUUUGACAAAUUCUUGGCUGCAGUGUCUCUGGCUCUGGCAGAGAAAUACAGAUAAUCUCCA